AACGGCGACACAAAAGUAAUAACUUAAACUCUCUUCAAACGCAUUUGAUGUGCAAUAUCCGUCCACAGUUUGAAUGAGUAAUUUAGACAAUGGAAUCAAAUACGUCAAAAGAGCAAUCGAUCGAGCAGGCAUUAAGGAGGCUUAAAUAUUUGCACACUUCGCUGGUGCUUCACGGAGCAUUUUCAAAACAACAUGGAUAUAAUGUUGGUGAACGCAUCAUAACGAGUACAUGUUUGCAGUCUACCAACAAGGAACGAUUUAGGACAACAGAGUGGAGUUCUGAGAAACGGUGCUUUCUUUCUUUACAACCCAAUACUUCGAAUCCAUUCGGAGAAAAGACUAAAAGACGAAUUUUAAAGUGUAAUCAAGCCCAAAAAGCCUUACGAACUGGUCGUGCGCCAUUGCGUGUGUCUCGUUCGGUGUCAGUGACCGAGGAACAGCUUGAUUCGACAAACGUAAAUGAGAUCAUCUUGAGAGAUGUUGAAGUAAGAGAACGUAGACGUACUUCGAAGUCCGCGUCAAGUGGACCAUGUUUUAUUGAUCCGUACAAAUGCCUUAACACUUUUACCUACGGCUUUGACGGUAACACUCGUAACAAGAAAGUAACAAAGGAAUACUCUACGAACAUGAAGAUCAAUCGCGUCACUUUCUCUGCUAGACCGAGUGGUCAUAAGGACAAAUCAAUGCACGAAAAUAAAAUCGAAGUUCCGAAAAGUUGCUUCUUCAAUGGUUGGGGUGUGCGGUCUAAGAAGGUACAUUUACCAAAACGAAACACGGGCGACGAUUCUGAGAGACAUACCACAGUGGGAGCCAUAGAUAUUGCCGCUGGUAUAAAGACUCUCAGAUUAGAUUCUAAACGAGUACAACAAGGAUACCACGAGAGAACAAUUCCACAACCCCCACCCACACCUGUUCGACAAAUUGAUAUAAGACUACCUCAAGGAAAGAUGGUUAAAUAUCAACUGCCCGAAGACGAAUGACUGACCUGCGCAAGUGUUAUAACUUCUUACUACACAAUGCCUAAUAUCCCUACAAAGUUAGAUAAGGAAGUCAUGAAAAGCUGUUUGUCAAAACAGUUAACAAAUUUGUAUUUAAUCUGUUAGACUGAGGCUAUAAACAAGUGUGUCAUAAUCAUAGGUUCAGUAUGGAUACUUUUAACUCGCUACAAACCAUCUCUCAAUUAGAUCCGGCCGAAAACGAAACUAACGCAGAAUGAUGCGCAAUGUUUAUCCACAACAUUUUCCUUCUUAGUUGAUUGCCAUCGCACAUGUAAUAUUCUACUUAAUAAAUUAUCUCGUUAAAUAACUGCUCGUAGAAGGUUGAGAUUGAUUUGUUACUUUUAUCUUCAUUAGGGAUAAUGUAAAUGUAAUAUACUUUCACGUUGAGAGAGAUCUUAGAUUAAAUUUGAUAGAGAGAAUAAAAAACAUACGUUAAUGUUGAGAAAAGAAAACAGAAUUUUUAAAGGUUGAAUCAUUCGGCUCGGCGCUCAAGCUUGUUUGAGAGUAACUUAUCACAAAGUUCCCUAUGAGAAGCGUUCAACUAUUCACUUUGUUCUACUGCUCCUGUCAAGAAGUAAGAAAUAGAGUGGGAACAAUUUUUUGCUGCUUCACGUCAGCAACUUGAAGUUGGAAGAUGUAUCUUACAGUAGGGUUUUCUGAACGAAGAAUUCGCUGUUGGUUGAUUCGUUUUGAUCAGAAGGUGGUUAGAACUCAAUAGGACUUUCCUUGCUUUUCGGGAGAGCGCGAAUUACACAGUUUGGAUCAAAUAUCUCAGAAAAGGUGUGUAAUGCGGGUGUCAAUCAAGACCUACGAAGAUGUUUCAAGCUGACGGGUAGACCCUAAACUUAUUAUCCCAGGUCAAAAAACCCUCCCAGUUACAAAAAUCUGAAUGACAGCAACCAAAAAGUUUAAUUUUGCCUGUUUUAGUGUGAAAAAAACACACACUCAUAUGAUGUUAUAUCUCUAAGGGACGUCAUCUGUCAAUAAAAAAAAAUGCCAUUGCCCAAACGGAUUUUUUCUUCUUCUU